AUGUCUUCUAUCGGAAUGAAGCGCGUCGCUGCUGAGACCCUCGAGGGCCGCCUGAGCAAGGUCGCCAACCCAGGCCUUUCGAUCUCUGAGCUCCAAGCAAUUAACGAGGGGCUCAAGAAACGAUACCUCGAGGUCUCUUCCAGGGUCAAGAAAGAGAUUUUAGAUUACAAGCAAAAAUCAAGGACACUAAAAGACACGAUGGCCCUAAUUACCGACCACCACGCCGACAUGACUCUCCAGAUCGCGGAAUUGUCCAACCAACCUGGCGCCCCUCCGGCGGCCCGCGCCUCAAAAAAUAAAAAGGCGCUAAACGCAGCCCAAGUCGAGGCUGAAACCCUCCAACAACAGAUCGCAAUUGUACGAGCUUACAGGGACGGUCUCCAGGGAAGCCUACGGGCCGCGCAGGAGGAUGGGCAGAAAUGGCAGAAUGCCUGCCAGGCCAUUGAAGCCCAAAAACAAGAAGUUGAGGCGAAGGGGAGAAAUCUGCAAAUGUACAUCGAUCUGAUGCAGCAGUUCCCGCCCCAGCCCGCCGCCAGCGCCUACCCCGAGGCACCUCUACUCCAAGUACUUAACAACCAUUACCCUACCGAGGAGGACUUCGGCGAGCUAUACGGGCUCGAGGACGAUUUAGUCCACAACAACUUCGAGACCAUCUCCGGUGCUCCCCCGACAUCCGUCGACCAAUCGCAAGCUUUCAUCCAAGAUGCGGGAACUCAAUCACAAAUGGUGCAGGAUAACGGCCAAGCCCCAAUUGUCAACCAGGACAACGGAUUUCCGGACCUUCUGGAUCCCAGAUUCCUUGAAAUCGAUUUCUCCCAAGGUGGCCUGAUUCCGGCCGCGGGACCUGAGGAGUCGUUGGAAGCCGAGGAGCCGUUGGAGGCUGGUGAGACGGAAAGUCUCUAUAGCCUUUUCAACGACCGGGAGGACGAGCCAGUGGAGGAAGAGGAGAACGAGCCGCUACCCGACGGCCCCGAGGCGGAGAACAGUGGGUCCCAGCCCCUUUUCAUUCAGGGGCUUUUGGCUAGACUGGAGGCCGGCGAAGACGUAGGAUUUGACAUUCCCGGUAUCUAG